AAACAGCUUCUCCGCGUCGGCGCUGCACUUUGAAGUAAACUGUUAAGCGGAGAGGAUGCGCGCGGGGUUGACGGCGCUCGGGAUCCUGUACGGCUGGACAGUUUGGGUCGCGAGCUGCCGCGGUGCCCGAGUGGUGAGCGGUCAGACUGUGUGUCAUGGCGGUCCUGAGAAGCCGUGCUAUAAAAUCGCAUACUUCAGCGAUGUGUCGAGCCGCGUGGCCUUCUCGGAAGCUCAGCAAGUGUGUGAGGUGGACGGUGGUUCUCUCCUGAGCAUAGAGAAUGCUGCUGAACAACAGCACAUCGAACAGCUUCUGAAGAAUCUCAGUAGGACCAGUUCAGGUCCAGGUAUUGCCGAUGGAGAUUUCUGGAUUGGUCUGACUCGUGUGGAGAGCAGGAGUCCAGGAGAAUACAUGAGCUACACUUCCUGUCCAGGUCUGUACAGGUGGAAGGACGGAAGUGUAUCUCAGUUCAGGAACUGGUAUUUCGAUGAGCCGUCCUGCGGAGGGGAGGAGUGUGUAGUGAUGUACCAUCAGCCCACUGCUGAGGCUGGUUUAGGAGGACCGUACCUUUAUCAGUGGAACGAUGACAGGUGCAACAUGAAGCACAAUUUCAUCUGCAAGUACGAACCAGAGAGCCACCUAGUGAAGGAGCAUGGAGAUAUACCUGUGAGUCGCGAUGUAGAACAUGAAGCAGAGACGAAAACUCCUGAUGUUCAUGAGGAGGAGAGCUUUUAUGUCACCGUGGCAGGACACUCAAGUAUGCUGCUGAUUUAUGUGAUCAUCCCGACCAUUCCUCUGCUCCUGCUCAUCCUCGUGGCCUCGGGGACAUGCUGCUUCCAGAUGCUGAGCAAGAGAAAACCACGGACGAAAACGAGUGUGGCCCAAUCAACACUCUGGAUCUCCAAGACGCCAAAAUCAGACAGUGCAAUGGAGGUGUAAAAGAAACUAUGUUCUAUGGUUAACGCAAAUGCUACAUCGAUGUCGUCUCCAUACAUGUACGUGGUCUUCUAAUGAAAAUCUUAGUGUUAACGUCGUGAUACACUUGACUCCUGUGCUAUUUUUUUAUGACAGCUUUUGCUGCUGUGUGCUGAAACGAAUCCUGCUAAUUAUUUCAUUAAUCUCGGUUUCCUCUUUGCCUAACAAGCCAAAUCUGUAAUCAUGCCUUCGUUCCUGCAUAUCCUCUCUCAUCCUGCUCUCUGCUUCCUUCCCUCCCUCAGAGGGAGCCAUCAGAAGGAAAUAUUCAGCUAAUUGACAGCAAACACAGAGAGUGAUUAAAUUACUGUCAUUAAGAUGGGUGAAAGCCAUUACAGGAGCCACGUAAAGAGAUUAGCUUAAAGUGGCAGCUAAAAUGAAACUGAGUCGUGCCAGUUUGAAAAUUCCUCUGUGCCAGAAAAAGAUUAAAACUGUUUCUAUAUCAGGAUUGGAGCUUUUAUUUUUCAUUUUAAAGUCCCAGGGAAUAAAACAGAGGCUUGGUAACUAUAAACAUCAAAGCCUAAAUUGUAAAUGAAUAAAAGAAUGAAUGGCGUUUCAGUAUGAAACAUUCACAGUUAAUUGUCAUAUAUUAAGAGACAGAGAGAGAGAGAGAGAGAGACACACACACAGGUGGCAUGCUGUUAUAGGAAAAUAAUCAACUGAUAGUGUGCUAAGUGGAUUUACUCUUGCCACCACAAAGUUUAUUAUUUUCCAAUAACAGCAUGUCAUGAAGUGUUUUAUUACUCUUACACCACAGAAAUUUGUCAGUUACAAUUGUUUCAUUUAUUAAAGAACGAUACAUGACCGUACUAUUUAUCCACUUAUUGUUACAUUAACAAUCGAGUUAGCUCAAAAUGAGUUUAAACAGUCAUUCGUGCGCCAGUCUCUCGUUUUUUUGUCUGUUUUUAAUAAUAAGGCAAAAAAACUGAAACGCGUAAACUCCAUAAACUCUGUGAUCGUUCUAAAGCACCAACACUGGAGACUCCUCCCAUGAAUAAUAUUAAAUUGAAGUGAAUGAAGUCAAGGUCAUGUGAUCCACCAAACUGUGAUUAAAAAAAAGAAAAAAGUACAGAAUUACGCUAACACACUGUUAAAAGCCAGCUAUAAUUAGUUAAUCAGACUGAUCUGAGAUCUGUCGGGUAGGGUGGCUUAAUAUCUAAAUGCACAUUUGAUUGAUUGACAGCGAGAAUCUUCAAGCUUGCUAGGCCACGAAAGUAGUUUAUAUGAUAUGGAGUCAGCAUUUAAGCUAUGCAUUCUAGCUUUGUGUUUGUUCACUAGCUUUCGUUUGCUAAGUUAGCUUUCAUAAAAAAAAAAUUCAAGCAGGAUUGCGUAGUUUUGCAAACUGUUUCAAGGAAGGGACAAGUUACCAUCAGGUUUGAAUCAUAUGCAUGAUUUCCUCAAGAUUAGCUCCACCCACUUUGCAUCCAAAGAGAAAGGAACGAUGUAGACAUUACGAGUCAUCAGUAAUUGACGCUCCACCGACACACAUCUUGUUUCUUUGGAAAAAUUUACAUUAGCAGCAUUACAGUAGAUUACACAUUUAGGUUCCCUGGGGCUUUAAAAGAACCGCAAACAAGCCGACACAUCCGCCAUUAUCCCCCCGAUCUUCUCAGUGAGAGCAUCAUUAGCAUAGCAUGGUUAUGCGACUCUGAGUCGCCUACACAAAGCCUGAGCAGAUGUUGAUAUUUUUAUACGAUGUGUUUGAAAUUCUGACAUCUUGCUUAUUCUUAUAUAUGCAGUUUCUGCUUAUAAUAUCGAUAUAUAAUUGAUCACGAAAACUGCAUAUAUAAAAGUGGCAAAUCUGUGAAAUUUCAAAAUGAGUGUGGUAUAUAAUGUGGAUUAAAUUCAUCGCUCGUACAGUAUAUACCUAUAGAAACGUGUCUGCUUGUAAAGUACAGGUCUAUGGGUUUAUUGUACAGGAUGUCUGUUUGAUUCAGAUAUUCUGUUUUCAUCUCUAUUUUUGGGUCAGAUCACGGGUACAACCGUUAAAUAAAGGGAUGAUUGUGAAGAUGUUCGAGUGUGGAACUUAAUUU